AUGAUGAUCAAAUGUAAAUAUAUACUUCCAAAAUUUAUAUUGAAAUCUAAAAUAAGCACCUCCUAUAUAAUUAACGAAUAUCACACGAUUAGACUUUUUUCUACCAAAUCUAAAAAGAAUAGACAAUGUGAAGAACCAACUUUUAUUACAUCGCCCGGUCAGAAUAGAUGGAGAACACUUGGAGAUGAUAAUACAUCUAUUUCAAAUGAAUUGCCCCGUGGUACUACUAAGGAAUCGACUAAUAACCAUGAUAAUUCAACAAGCGUUGCUAAUAAUGACAAAGGCAUUGAUUGCGAAGACAAACUAUUGUUGGAUGAAUAUAAUCUGGGAGUGGAUGGUGAAAAACUUACACCAGAACAGGAAAAUGAGAAAGCAGAACUUGUUAAGGAGCUUACGAAACGGCUAAGAGGUCCAUUAGCGGAUGAAAAUGGUAAUAUUCCUACCGGUGAUAAACGACCAAUUGCCAUAGAAGUAGAUGGUCCAUCCCACUUCUAUGCAAACAGUACUAAUUACACCGCUUAUACGAAACUCAAACAUAGGCUACUUACUAGGAUGGGGUAUAAGGUUUUACAUGUACCAUAUUUCGAAUGGAGAAGACUGAGAGGCGCUAGGGAAAGGGAAGAUUAUAUGCGGGCCAAGUUGGCUGAGGAACCUACUGAGUGGCUUGAUCCUGAAGAUGAAAAGUUCUACUCCGAGAGGUUGGAUAUCCUGAAGCAGCAAUUUUCGUCCACGCCCACACCAACAACUGUCAAUUCCGCUGCUAAUGAUGUAAAAAAUGAAACUAUUAAUCGUUAA